UCCGCCGGCAGCAGCAGCGCACAGAGCUGCCCUCCAUCCCAUGUGUUUGGAAGAAAAUUAAAAAAAUAAAUAAUAAUGGGCUCGGAUCCAGACAUGUGCUGUUGAGAAUAGACCUCUAGUGUUGCUUUAUUUGCUUUUCUUUUUUUUAAAUCGCCUUAUCUGCUUAGAAGGAAACCAAAGUGGGAAUACAUUUUCACUCUUCUCCUGAAAAUGCUUCCCUGCUCAUCAUCCGCGCAGAUGGAGGGAUGCGAGGAGGAGAGGGGCGCACACAUGCAAACAGAGUGCAACAGGCUGACGGAGGAGAGAGACGAGGCCGAGAGACAACUCAAACACAUCAAGAGAGUGUCUCAGAUGGUGAUUGAGGAGGUGAGUGUUCUGCAGACUCAGCUAGAGAUCGAGAAGUCGUGCCGGGAGAAUGCAGAGGCCCUGGCCACAAAGCUGAACUGUGAGAACAGGAAGCUGAAGUACCUGAGCCUGUCGUCUCGGCCGUGUUUGGACGAGCUGCUUCCCAGCAUCUCGGACUGCAUCGCGCUGGAGACCGACGCAGACGCGGACACAGACGCAGCAGACAGCAGUCCUGACACCUUCACGCAGUACCAACAACAGGUUAAAGAGCUGAGGGACACGGUGAACAGCUUGUUGGAGGAGAAGAAGAAUUUCGUCUGUCAGAUUCAUGACCAGCAGAGACAAAUAGAAGAGAUGGCCGCACAGUCCGAGAAAGAUCAGGCGGAAAUGAAGGAACUGCGUGAAACAGUUGAGCAACAAAAUAAAACCAUCAAGAGAUUUAACAGAGUCUCAAUGAUGGCGACUCAGGAGUACGAGGGGAUGAAGGAGCAGCUCGACUUGGAGCAGAGCCUCAGAGUCAAAGCUGAGACUUAUGCACAUGAGAUGCUGGUGAAGCAGAAGGAGGCCAACAGGCAGAGUAUGCUCCUGCUGCAGAGUGCUGAGCCCAGCGUUCAGCUACUGAAAGCUCUGGAGGACGUCUCCACCAUCACCAAAACCCUGGAGGAGGAGCGUCUGCAGCAUCAGCAGAAGGUGCAGAGCCUGGAGGCCCAGCUGGAGCAGAGCUGUGUUAAGAAGCAGCUGGAGGCUCUGCAGAGGCAGCUGGAGCUGCUGGAGGAGGAGAAAAAGGAGGUGGAAGGACGACUGGAGCAAGCAGAGAAGAAGAACAAGGAGCUGGAGAACACAGUCCGGGAGCUCCAGGAGACCCGGGAAAAGAUCGCCAUGACGACCAGCCCAGUACCCCCUCCUCCCCCUACACCCGGUGUGGCCCCGCCUCCUGCCCCUCCCCCACAGCCACCUCCCCCUCCUCCUCCUCCUCCUCCACCUCCUCCUCCACCUCCCCCUUCCAGAUGCAACCCCCUGAGCUCUCUGAUAGCCAUCAUGAGGAAGUCGUCAAAAGGCUCCAAAGCGUCCGUGAAGGUCGAGCAGCCUCCAGCUGCUGAGGGCGUAGAUGACGUGAAGGUGAAGGCGGUGAAUGAGAUGAUGGAGCGGAUCAAACACGGCGUCGUCCUGCGACCCGUCAAGAGUCAGGAGAACAAGAGAAUAGCAGUAAAACCCUUCUCUCCUCCGCUGUGUGAGGAGAAACCGCAGGAGAGCGCCAUGGACGAACUGAAAGGCAUCCUGGAGACGGUGAAGAGGAGCCCCAGCCGAGGCUCCCAGGAGGCGGGGCCGUCGCCGCCGGGCAAGAAGGACAGCGAGCUGGAGGUCAUCCUGAGACGUCGACGCAACAAGGCGGGAGAAGCCGGCUCCGGAGAUGAGAAGGAGGGCCAGAUGAGCCACGUCUCCUCCUCCGACAGCCUGAACGGAAGGCGCACCAGCAGCGACUCGGGCAAGGAUCCAGAGGGGCUGAGCGUUCCCUCCGACCCAGCGGGUCCCAGGGUCAGCCCGGAGAGACGGGGGUCAGGGCCGGGGCCCAUCGUAGCCAGGAGGAAGAGCUCCGACACGGGCAAAGAGCCCCGAGUGGGCUCCUGGCAGGAGAGGAGGUCCUGCAGCUCUCUGUCCGAGAAAGAAACAGCAGAGUCUCCGAUCAGCAACGGCUGCAUCAACAGUGUCGGGGAGGACGAUGGAAACGCGACAGAGAAAUGUGUCCGGUCAAACGGAGUUGACCACACCGAGCCCAGAGAAGACGCACACGCCGCCGUCUGCGCCGGCCCCGAGAACGGCAACACCGACGCCGAGUGCUAGGAUGGAUGGACUCCGAGGAUCCCGGUUCAGUUUCUGUCAUCUGAUCCAUGCAUUUAUUGAUUAAUAUGAAGAGUGAUGUCAUCAAAUAUUCACUCUUAGAUCAGGAGUUUUAGGGUGCGAUCACACCAUGGCUUUUUGAUUUUACAGGGUCGGAACUAGAACGGAGAAGUUGACUUUAUUGUACUGCUGUUUUUGUGGUUUUUUUUUUUCAUUUUCACACUUAACCAGUUAAAAGUGAACCAGGGCCUGUAAAGAAAAGUCACUAACAUGUAGCUCGUUUAUUUACUUGUUUACGGCUCAGUGUGAAUGCGCUCUUAACAUUUCUGGACAUUGUAGAAGCUCCACCUCGUCAUGAAGACUUUCAAAACUGGUCAAAACUGUGAGAAAAAAAAUCAUAAAUGCAGCAGGAGUCAAAGGGAAUAUUAACAGAAGACGCAAGAAAAUCUAAAUUUAGCAACACAAAAUCAUUUUUUAUAUUUAUUUUCUAAUGGUUGCUUUUCUUCUUACUAUAAUUUAGUAUUAUGUAAUUUGACCUGUUUAGGCCUUUGAUGUCAUUACAAGCAGAAAGGUUGAGAACCUGGUUUAAUGCAACAUGUCUAAAACAUAAAAAAAAUAUUGAGUUUUUUUCUUUAAUUUCCCUUUUUAUUUGUGCCAGUUUUCCUUCAGUUUUCAGGUUUUAUAAUCUACAAUAACCAGACACAUAAAACUUCACUAAAACCACCAUCAAUGAAACCAAAAGUGAAGAUUUCAGCUCAAUAAGAAGUCAGUGACAGUGGAGCUUUCUAUAAUGGUCGAUAUUCUAAGUUGUUCUUUUCUUUGAAUACAAACCUGUGGAUCCUGGAGGACUGACUGACUGAACUGUAUGAGGGAAGCUGCACCUUUUUUUGCACAGAACCUCCGUUUUCUUCAAACACUUUGACUAAUAUGAUGACUGCGAAGCUUUAGGUUGAUGGGUUUUUUUUUGUUUGUUUGUUUUCUUUUCUAUUCGAUGCACAAAGGAUCCGUUCAAUAUCGCUUUGUGUCAUCGGAAGGAAUGCACUGUACCGUUUAGGAUCCAGUUAAUCCGGCUUCUUCUGCUUCUCCUCCUCUUCUUCUUCUUCUUCUUCUUCUUCUUCUUCACACCCGCUCGUACUGAGGGCUGCACAGUUGGCUGUGUGUAAUCAUAUGUUGGGAUUUUAAUUUAGUCAGUGGCAGUACUGAAACAAAUGUAUAUAGUUUAUUUGAUGUGGUGAAAAAAAUACUGAUGAUUUUAAAUGAAGAAGCAAAAAAAGAGUUUUUCCUUCAACUAUAAUGACGGAUAACCUUGAUUAAGUCUGGGACUGUCGGAAAUUCUAGGAAUGGCUGAAUUGGAACACAGUUAUCUAUGAAUAUUGAAUGUUUUAAUGGAAAUCUUUGUUCUAAAUCCUAAAGCCCUGCUAGCUCCCCCCCCUACGAGGCUGAAAUGUUCAUUGCACGUAGCAAUAUGAAAAAGUUGAACAGAUCAAACAACAUAUUGAUGGUUUAGCCUCCAAUAGUGGAGCUAAAGAUGUAAACAUGUUACUGAAGGUGGAGAAGAAAGGUUGGGAAUUACAACUUGACAUCUUGGACUGAUGGUGGCGCUAGUGUUAAAAUCAAAGAGGGUCGUCAUAAUUGUUGGUUUUCACUCUCUACAGACUGUAAAUAUCCUCAGAGAAUUUCAUGGAAAUCUGUUAAUUUGUUUUCCAGAUGGACAAAGUGUUGGUCAGGGGGAUAUUUGGAUUUGGAUGACCCAAGAAGAAAUCUCAUGAUGUCGUCAAAAUUAGGGGAGCAUAACUUUUCCACAGAAACUUUUACAGCAAUCUGACCAGAAAUUGCUGUUUUGUUCUGUUCAAAAGUGAAGUUUAAAGUGCUUUUUACAUUUUUUUGGAGCAAUUAUUGACAUACUUUAAGUGGUUCCUAAUCAUGAUUAUAAAUAUCUAACAAAAUAACCAGGCUGGUGUCUUUAACCCUAAUUGUGCAGCCCUACCUGUAAUAUCCAGGUAUUUAGAGUAUCUCAUUCAUGAACUUUCUCUGUUCAGUCCAACCUCUUCCUGAGUCUAAAUAGAGGGAGUGAAAACAACCAGGAACAAUUUAUACAACAAGGGUUAAAAUUGUACAGAAAGCCACUUUCUUUCUUUCUUCUUUUCUUUCGCUUUUUGCGGCUGAAGCACCUGGUCCAGGUUUCAGCGUGUCGACUAUCAGUGUGUCGUAAGGCUUGUGAAGGUUUAUGGUGGAAAAACGGACAAACGUGGAAUAGAAACGUGACUGAUAUUUCAGGUUUUAAAGAGACAGUGCAAGAGAUUUUGCCCCUCAAAAUAGCAAAGACAGUAGCACAUAGUUACAACUAAAUCACAUCUAACAGAAAUCUUCUCAGGGUCCUUGGGACAAAAUUUCAUCGAAUCCACUUCUGGGGCUUGAUAAGAAAUCGUUUGGGGAGCUGGUGGCAUCAGGAAACAAACAGCAAGCCAUUUUUUUUUAAAGACUAGGUUUAAAAAAAAAAACAGCUUUGGAGGAAUGAGGUGCUUGUGUACUUUGUCUACCUCUCCACAGACACCUGCCUCUAAACCUGAACGUCCCCAGUUACAUUUCAUGGUGUGAAAAACUCAUGAGAUAUUGUCACUGUCCCUCCACUGGAGAAAAGAUGUCUUCCACACGCCUUCCUCCACUGAAUCAGCACUGAGUCCAGAGUCCCGUAUGCACAUAUUCUGACACACCCUUAUCGUUUCUGUACUCGGUCAACACGCCCGCCAUCACAUUUCACCGUGCAUUCCUUAAACUUUUAUUUGUAGGGCCUGCUGUUUAUAUAUAGCUUUCCUGAAAUGUGAUGCAACAUUAAGAACGAUUUUGAAGAGUAUGCAAUUACAUAAGGCACAUUUGUAUGAUGCUGUCACACCUUGUCAGUCUUUCUUAAAACACAGAAACACAUUUAAAAGUGCAUUUUGUUCUGUCCAUUAGGUGUAUUUUAUUCUAAUGCAAAGGGCCAGAUGUUAGGGAGUUAUUGAACUGUUAGGCUGCACAUAAAACAAACCCGCUAGAGCCGUUUAAGCUGCCACAGGUCUGAAUAUUAUGCAUAUCGAGGCCUUGUACAGGCCUCCAGUCAGCUGUAGAGCCGGCCUGCAGCUGGGUUGCCUUUUGGGUCCUUGUACUGAUUGCAUACAGUUGUUAACCAAGUGGCUACUUAACAAAGGGAAUUACUGUAUCUGACAGAGUUUGGGUGAUUAUAGAUAUUGUGUGUGUUUGGGAUAUAAAUGGAGUGUUAAAAGUUUUUUAAAAAACAUGGAUUUUCAUUUUAGCAUCACUUGAAAUAAAUUGCAAAUCAAACUAA